UUUAAUUGCGUAACGCCUAGACAGAGUAUAGCUAUGCGCGAUCUGCGCACAUCCGUCGCAGACCGGGUGCUAGUGAGCCACCGACAUACGCGCCGGCGAGCUAACAACUUCGAGGGACAUGGGGUCGCUUUUUUCGAGCGUGGAACAAUAUAUGUGGGGGACUUCUUUGGUGGAAUGAUGCAUGGGGUUGGGACCUACACCUGGCCGGACGGAACGAAAUUUGUGGGCGAGUUUACACGCAAUACUAUCACAGGUAAAGGAAAAUACAUCUGGCCCGAUGGAUCUUCCUACAAGGGUUCAGUUCUGAACGGACUUUGUCAUGGAUAUGGUGUAAUGCAUGGCGUGAAUCAUGGAAUCCCUUGCUACAAGGGAGAUUGGUGUAACGGGGCCAUGCAUGGUACAGGAAUAUUGUAUUACAACAUAGAUAGUUCCUGCUACUACAAAGGCGAAUGGAGUUGCAAUAAGAGAAGUGGCCAUGGCACAAUGCAGUAUGAAAGCGGCAAUUACUAUGAGGGGGGGUGGAAUCAGGAUGUUAAGUGUGGUGCGGGAUUAAUGCUGUGGCGGCAUAGACUGGAAUACUAUGAGGGUGAGUGGUGUGAUGAUAAACAAAACGGCAAUGGUGAGCAUAUCUGGAUUGAUCUGGCUGAAGGACAUACAGCCCAAUCUGCCCAGCAAGGAUGUAAUCGUUACCUUGGUCAAUGGAAAGAUGGCCAAAGGCACGGAAUAGGUACCUUUUCUUAUGCAAAUGGUGCACGUUAUUUGGGCGAUUGGGUUCAGGGGCAAAAAGAAGGAAUGGGAGUAGUUAUGCGAGAUGAUGGCGCCUUGUGUAGUGGCACCUUUCAUUCGGAUCGGAUUUCACAAAGCUUUACAAAAUCGGAACCUGAGCUUGCUUCCUGUGCGGCUGAAUCUCAAGUAUAUCUGCAUCUUGAAGACCAAGUUGGCAAAGAUGCGGCAUUGGCUAAGCACGAACAAUUGCGGCUUCAGAGAAUAGUGCUGCGACACAAUUCUGAUUUGAGAGGAGCAUACUCCAGGUAUUCUUUGUUAGAACAUGGUAGGCCUGGCGGACAUUUACCCACAAUGACCUCAUCUUCAUUUCUGCUUUUCUGCAAAGACACUAAGAUCAUCCCCACUCUAUCUCAAAGUUUAGUCCAGAGCAUCCUAAAAAGGCUGUUCCGCCAACACAAAAGCACAGUCGCUUCUGCCAUGUUGCAACAUAGAAGCGAAUGUAAAGAUACAGAGCAAAGCGACAGCCCGGGGUGGCGGUGCCCACUCAAUGCAGGCACUCUCAGUUCAAGCCAUAAGCAAGCAAGAGUGAAACUUGCUGGUCGAUCACUAUCAUACAGGGAGUUUGUUGAAGCAAUUGUGCGCAUUUCCUUCGUGCUUAUCAAUUGUCACGCUCCUGCCCUCUCAUUAUCUGAUGCAUUGGACUUAUUCAUCACUUGCUUUGUGUGUCCCAUAGGCCACCGGAGCCCACGCGCAAACUUAUCGAACGAGCGGAAUUAUGCAAUUAAGAGGCCAAAUGGUCCCUGGUGCGCAGAAUUGCUCUUUCAAGUAAGUGCUACUCUAAGUUCCGUCACAUCGCAGUUAGAGACAGUUGCAAUUCGACCUAUUCUCACGAUUCUUAUUUUGCUAUACAACCAAGAACCACUGAACUGCCGAAAUAAGUGCUUAUCUAAAGCGCUAGAUAUUGUGCUUGAUGUCUAUGAGCACAGAACUAGGGUGUGGGAGGGUGACAACUUAUCAACUGCGGCUGUCGUGCUUCUCUGCAAUGCUGAAUUGAAUAUAGCGGAGGUAGCGGAGAUAUUCAUGCGAUCAAAAGUGAUGCUAAGCCCUUCAGCAAGCGAACUUGAAUCAAGCACUGCUGUUCCUUUCAAAAAACAAUUGUUGAAGGCUACAAAGCAGGCUCUGGCAAUCGAAGCAAAUGCCGACUGUCCCUAUUUUCCAGGGCGGGCUAUACACAAAGUAAAUGUUGGUGUGCCAACUCGCCAGGGCGUCCCCACGAGUGGAUCUAUUUAGGAUUCGCGCGCGAGCUACGGCCCGGUGAAGUUGGUUCUCCGUCACGCCGUUUCGGCCUAACGGGGGCACCUGAGGGCAAUGGGGCCACGCCGGGCCAGCCCAAGAAACACCAUAGCCAUUGGAACGCUCAGGGACAGCCGAGUUAGCCAGAUAAGGCGGUGCGCGAGAAAUUAGUGGGAGGUGAGAAGCAUUAUCGGAGAAUCAGCCAUCUUCUACGGUGAGAAACACGCUGAACUGGACAAGCACGUGAAGCGAGCAGAAGGCAAUUCUAUGAAAAAUUUGAUUUUGUCCGGCAUUGAAACAGCGCGCAAGGAACUCGUUCAACUUGAAGAAAAAUUGAAUUGCAAAAACACUAAGUUUGAAAGUUGCUCAGUCGCUUGCAUAACGGGGGUGCAGGUUAGGCUAGGCUAGGGUUAGAACCCUAGCGGCGAGCUAGGCCCAACCCCAAGUCGGGUAAUUUAAGAUGUGGACACACCCUCCAUGAGUCCUCUUUAAGCUACUGCGAAUCUUAA